GUAGUGAUCUAGUUGUUAGUGAAGAUGAUAUCAUCAGUGAGGAAGGCAGUGAUGGUGGUGAUGGUGGUACUCUUAGGGAUGAUAUCAAGUCGAUAUCAUCCACGAAAGUUAUUAUGGAAAGAUUAAAGGAAGCACGGAGAGAAGAAAGAUUAAAGAAGAUGAAAGAGGUUGAGAGGAGGAAGGUAGUACUUUAG